CGAGAGCAGGUGUCCCGGCAACCCGAGCAGCCCCGCCGCAAGAGAGCGAUGUCUCGUUUCGAUGUAUUAGCACCGACUUCCCGAAUGAUCACGGUUGAUCAGAGGGCAGAUUUGGAGAGAUCUCGAGGAGUACACACAGAUAGACCCUCCAA